AUGAAUGUCGAUACUAUUUUCAAUGACGGUCUGGAUGAAGUUCUGUGUAUAAUAAGGGACUUGCCUAGUUAUACAGCUUCAAAAUUAAAACAGGAGGAUUUCAAAAUAGCUCGAUAUGAAAUUGACAAUAUUUUAUUUAAAUUUCAAGAAUAUAUUAAAGGUUUACCUGCUCCAGAUGUUUCUUUAUGUGCUAGCAGUAGAGUACUCAUUUAUAAUGCAAGAAAUAUUUUGGAAGGCAUAUCAAUUGUAUUUAAUGUGCAAAUUAAUUAUAUUCAAAGACUUUAUUCAAAUUAUUUGAAAUACAAAGAACGGCAAUUGGUUCCUAUUCCUUAUGACAGAUUUCAUUGCAGGAAACCAAAGAAAAAAAGUGGAAAAACAAAGAAAUUAGUUCCUGUCUUAACUGUCAUCGAAACUCUUGAUUCUGAGGUACCAAUGUCAAGAGAUGCUCCCCUCGACACAUCUUUCUUUGAUGCGGCUGAACCUGUCCCUCCUUCAGCUGUAGAUGGUGCUGCAUUAUUUGAGCGUGAUUCGCUAUUGCUUUCUUCUCUGGGAGAUGCUGCCAUCCACCCUGAAGACUUAGAAUUGCGUUUUGCCGAAAGUUUAAAGGAUGUGACUACGCAUUUGCCGUCUGUCUCAGUACCCGACAUUGGCCAGCAGGACAUGUCAUUGCCUAUUCAUGCACAACCUUAUCAAGUGAUGGACAAAUCUUCCUUAAGACUGGUUGAGCACGCAGUGGAUAUGGACUUUUCCGCAGCUCCAAGAACCGUAGACAAACCUUCAGUUGAACCAUUGCAACUUGAACUGGAAAAGAUAAUCGCCAACAUUGGUGUUGGUUUGAAGGAAGUAAAAACUAGAAAUAAAAAUGUGAAGUACAAGUUUCGAAUCAAUCCAAUAAUGUCUGCUGAAGAAUAUACUAAAUUUCUUGAGCGAACUAAAGCUUUGAAGGACCCUGUUAAAUAUUAUGCAAAGAGCAUCCAGAAAUUUAAUGCUGAGGAACAAAAGGAGAAAAAUAUUGAAGACGACUAUGUAAAUCCCGUUCUUCGGGAUCUAUUGAGGAUGACAGUGAAAGAAAUCCCGGUACCCAUCAUCCCUCUCUAUUUGAGAGACCAACCUUUGGCACAGGCUGAACCAGGUAAAAUUCCACUUUUUGAGUUUCCAAUCACAGAGGACGAUGUUUAUCGUCAUGAGGCUCUUCAGGAAAGAACUGAUGAAGAUGCUCCCCAAGAAAGAAGAGCUGAUGAAGAUGCUCCCCAAGAAAGAAGAACUGAUGCUGAUGUUUUAAGAAUAGAUUUGGAAAGACCGUCUGAGAUUAUGUCAUCAGCUGAUCUUCAUUUGGUGGAUGCUGUUAGACCUGCUUCUGAAAUUGAUGAAAUUCGAAAUCUAUCGUUGCUGAUGAGAGCUCUGUCUUUGGACUAUACUCCACGAACAUCUAUGCCACAACAUUUUGAAGAAGCUUCAUUACCGUUAAAUUUGGAAGAUGGAAGACAAUCUUUUCCACAAACACUAGAUGAAAAUGGCAUUGAAAGAAUUUAUACGAAGGGGGUUUCAAUGAGCUUGGACGAAGUUCUUAUUAAAAUAACUGAUCUUUGUACUCAAAUGGAUACUACAAUAAUCAGAUUCAUAGACGUAUGUGAUAUUUCUAAAACAAAGCUUGAAGCAGCUAAAGUUUUUGUACGUCUUAUUGACUUAUGGCAGCGUAAGUUAGUCCAUCUCCAUCAGACCAGUCCUCAUCCAGCAGAUAUUUUUAUAACAUCUUGUUGAUAUCAGAUGGAGGAUGAAUUUAAAUUGAUUUAAGUUAUCAAAUUCAGAUUGGUUAUUUCUUUAUUCUGCUUUAAAUAUUUGUAGAGUGUUGUUUCCACUUACAUAGUAGUAUAUAUUAAUUUGCAUUGAUUAGUCUG